AGCCGAAUCAAGGACGUUAUCACGCAGCUUGUUGCUGGACUUUCCUCGCGAUGAAUCGCUCACGGGAACACCGGUCAUCACGCGUUUUCCUCCACGUCUUCGUGAUCCUGCUGUUGUUGACACUCAGCGCGCACACGCAGCGGGAAAGCGACGGGCCAAUGGAGGACGAGCCGCAAAAGAGCGCGGGAUCCAAGUCGAAGCUCGACGAGGAACUAUUUAAAAAGCUAUUCGUUCAACGGCGCAAGGAUCACAUACAAGCUGUGCAUACUCUCCUGAAGAUGGACAACUAUGAGCGCCUGUACAAGAUGAUCGCGGUGUUGGCCGAGAAGGUGAUGGAAGUCAUCGAAUCCAGCAGGAACGUCAUCGAGAAGGCUGCUUUCGUGCCGAGCAACAGUUCCUUCCCGGAAGACACCAACGUCAAAGAAGCGUUGUCCAGCAUCCUGGAGAACACCGCGCUCUUCGGAGACAUCAUCCUGCACCUGCCGGAUAUCUCUCACAGGAUACUGAGAGCGCAGCAGAGCUUGAACUCCACGAUACACUGGUCCCUGAACUUCGUCAAUCAGACGCGCCACUUGCUGGACAAAUCAACUAUCGCGAUGAUCCAUCUGGUCGAGCAGGAGCUAAACAUUACGGAACGGGAUCCGAAUUACUUCAAUCGGUAUCGGUUCACCGCUCACUCAGGUGAGCUCGAGGAUGACUCGAAGACGACGGUGAUGAAGAAGAAGAAGAAGAAGCAAUCGACGAAGAAGGACAAGUGCAAAAAGGGCCCACGGAUCGCCAAGAUUGAGUUGUGAGGCCGAGUUUAGUCGCCCUUGCCGUGAGAUUCCUACGACCGGUUUCUGUAUCGCCUCAUUGAGGAGCGAGCUCCUCAGGAUCCUAAGGCAGUCAACGACCUAUUGAGAGCUCUCGUCGCAAACGAAGGUUCCAGGUUUCGUUUUGUGCUUCUUAGAGUCGGAGCAACAGCGACGGGCUUCCGAACGACGGCCUACCUCGACUGCAUUUCUAUUUGAAAAUUUUGUUUAUUCAACCCUCCGUUAAUCGCACGACAUCCAGUAGAUUAGUUCAGGCUACAGGCUAUUACUUGUUACACGACCUCAAAGCCGUAUUUUUAUCCAUCCUAAUACUCGCCAAUUGGUUCUUCCUUGUUUCUUGUACUUCAGUGUCUGACCUAUUAGCCAAGUGCUGGAAGAAAAAUUGUCCUCAAGAAACAAAGAAAAAUAAGGGAAGAACUAGUGUGUAAGAUCCAUCGCGAGCAGUCGUGGAUGAAAAAUAUUGCGACUAACGGAGAGCGUUCAGUCUCCCGAGACUGGCGCGCAUUUGCUGUUAAUUGUACUGUUGCAUUGUUAGAUAACGGAGAUCGCUACACAUAUCGCAGCUCAGCGGAGCAUCUUCAAGUCGCGAUCGUAACGAAAUAAAGAGAAAGAUCAUA